AUGACUGGGAAAAUAACACGUAUAAUACCGCUACCCAGGGUUGUUGCCAACCAAUAUCUUCGAAGCGAGGAAUGGCACAUCGAGGACGAGACAAACUCACAAACUGAGUUGAAGGAUAACACUUUCGCCGAUGCACAACUUCCCUUGUCUAGACGCAGCCCUAUUUCAUCAGACAGAGCCAUCCAAGCCGCAAAAACAAAUCUGAGACCGGCAAAGACUUCACAAAAGAUUCUACCACAAGCUCCUGAGUGGACAGAUAUCGAUAAGAAUGUCAUCAACAGUCUAGAUAGCCUGGAAGAUAACAGUAAGCUCACUUAUACCCCUAGUAGCCGCCGAAAUCUUAUAGUUGCAGAUAAAAAGAUCUCGGGAUCAGAUAGAAUGCAGGUCGGUAGCAAUUCCACCAUCGCAGAAUUGAGCAGUCAAACAACUAGGUCAGAUCAGUCUAAAUGUUCUGAAGUCAAGGAAUCAGAAUUCACAUCCAUUGGGAACACACCGUCCGCUGUACCAGUCACCAGUGCAGAUCUUCUCCCGUUAUCCUCCUCCUCUCAGCCCAUGGCUCUCGUGGAAACCGAAUCUACAAUCUGGAACGGACAAAGCCGCAAGAAACCAAUCCGUGCAGAAGAUUCAUCUGAUGUAGAUGUUAGUACGAAAGAAGGUGCUACUUCAGUGGAAGUGAAAAGACCUCCAUAUUACAUGAGUGAAACUACCGGUCAGACAGUAGGCCUUCCACUUCAGCUUUCAACCGCAAGACCUACUGAAUUUGAAUCUAGUGGAAGAAAGUUCUCAUCAUAUUCGGUAUCCGCAAAGCUCAGAUUAAUUAGACCGGCUUCCCCACGUCUUCUAAGGCGUAUGCAUCGACAACAUCCGGCUUACAACCCACCUCCAACUCCCCCACCCGAUUCUCCAAUCCCACCCCCGACCCCGCCUCCAGAACAUCAGACAGGUCAGAUAGUCGAUCAUACCCUUAGUGAAACAUUACAUAGGCCUGCAGUGAUUCCGCAGAAAAGAUCAGCAUUCCCAGCGAUCAGGCCCGCUAAGAUUAUACUUCGACAAAGAAAACUGUAG